AUGUCGUCGUCGUCUAGUGCUGAAGAACAUGGUGGUUGGAAACUCCACACUGGUUGCAAAUGCCCUUUUAGCAAAAAGAAACUCACACAACUCUGGUUGAUCGAAACACCAGUGACUCAUGGUAUCGUUACAUUAGCGCUCAAUAUAUUGUCACCCCUUGCUCCCCAUCCCGUAUUUCAUAUGGCAAUUCAAUGUAUAUAUCGUUGCUCUCAAUGUGGCGAUGUUGAUUAUUACACAUUCGAGUUCUCAAAAGAAGGCAAAGAAGCACGUUGUGGUGAAUAUAAAAACGGGAAAUGCUUAAGAUCCUGCGAUCGAGGGAUGACACUAGAAGAACUGUACCAGAUCUAUUUAUCGACGUGGCCAAAUGCAAAAGGCAGCGACUAUGAUACUGUGAACCAUAACUGCCAACAUUUUGCCAGGGAGAUGUGGGCAGAAAUUUAG